AUGGGCAGUGCACACAACAUUCACAGUGAUGGAAGAGGACGUGCAGUAGGUCCUACGUAUCUGAAAAGUGUACAGCCCUGCCUUGAAGAGCACCACAACUAUUGUAUUAAUGGCAUCUGCAUAUUUCUUAAGGAACUCAAGGUGCCAACCUGCAGGUGCCUUGCAGGUUACAGUGGUGAAAGAUGUGAACAUUUGAUAUUAAACUCUUACACACAGUAUUCCUAUGAACAUUACAUUGCGGUUGGAAUUGGUGCUGGAAUGUUGCUAAUGGGCAUUUUUGCUGUGAUCUACUGCUGCGUAAGAAAAAGGUGCAAGAAGAUCAUGUCUUCCUACAAAGUCUGCCAUGAGGAGACAACCCUAUGA